ACCCAGAUUUCUCACUAUCAAACUGAAUGUGGAAUUCUAUCAUGUUAUGAUGAAUCUUACCUCGAGGAUCUUUUACUAUCCGUACCUUAUCUGAAGAGAGGGGGAGAAAUGGUUCCCAUUGGUAUAAAGAUGGAGAACCAGAGGACACAGAUUUAAGGAUUUGAUCCAUUAAGAUAUUGAAAAUUAGGAAACCAUGGAGAAAAAUAAGAACAGGAAGAAGCUGCGAAUCUGUGUUGCCACCUGUAACCGUGCAGAUUACUCCAAGCUCGCACCCAUUAUGUUUGGCAUCAAGGAACAACCUGAUCUUUUUGAUCUGAAAGUGGUUGUUUUAGGAUCUCAUUUAAUUGAUGACUAUGGAAAUACAUAUCGAAUGAUUGAGCAGGAUGAUUUUGAUAUUAACACAAGUUUGCAUACGAUAGUUCGAGGUGAGGAUGAAGCAGCCAUGGUCGAGUCAGUCGGCCUUGCUUUGGUGAAAUUACCUGAUGUGCUGAACCGUCUGAAGCCAGAUCUCAUGAUCGUUCAUGGAGACAGGUUUGAUGCGUUGGCAGUCGCCACCUCAGCUGCAUUGAUGAAUAUUCGGAUUCUGCACAUGGAAGGAGGUGAAGUCAGUGGCACCAUCGACGACUCAAUCCGACAUGCCAUCACCAAAUUGGCCCAUUAUCAUGUGUGCUGCACUCGUAGUGCUGAGCAACAUCUGAUAGCUAUGUGCGAGGAUCACAAUCGAAUUCUGUUGUCUGGCUGUCCGUCUUAUGACAAAUUGCUCACAGCAGGAUCCAAGGAUUACCUCAGCAUUUUGCAGACGUGGCUAAGCAAAGAUGUGAAACCUCGAGAGUACAUCGUGGCUUUACAGCAUCCAGUUACCACCAACAUUAAACAUUCCGUUAAAAUGUUCGAGCUUACACUCGAUGCUCUAAUAACAUUCAACAAACGCACAUUGAUUCUGUUUCCGAACAUUGAUGCAGGAAGUAAAGAAAUGGUGCGAGUGAUGAGAAAAAAAGGAAUUGAACAGAAUCCAAAUUUCCGGGCAGUGAAGCAUAUUCCCUUUGAACAAUUUAUCCAGAUGGUUGCACAUGCUGGCUUAAUGAUUGGUAACAGUAGUUGUGGGGUGCGGGAAGCAGGUGCAUUCGGCACACCUGUCAUCAACCUGGGAACACGCCAAACUGGAAGAGAAACAGGUGAAAACGUUCUCCAUGUGCGGAAUGCCGACAGUCAGAAUAAAAUACUGCACGCUCUGCAACUCCAGUUCGGGAAAUUAUACCCUUGCUCGAAGAUCUAUGGUGAUGGCAAUGCAGUUCCACGGAUAUUGAAGUUCCUAAAGUCGAUAGACAUGGAUGAGCCUUUGCAGAAGAAGUUUUGUUUCCCACCAGUGAAAGAGUGCAUCUCACAAGAUAUUGACCAUAUCCUGGAAACACAGAGUGCUUUAGCUGUUGAUUUGGGGGGAACAAAUCUGCGGGUGGCUAUUGUCAGCAUGAAGGGUGAAGUCAUAAAGAAGUACACUCGGGCCAAUCCCAAAACAUAUGAUGAAAGAAUUGAGUUGAUUCUGAAGUUGUGUGUAGAGGCCGCAGCUGAAUCAGUGAAGCUUAACUGCAGAAUUCUUGGAGUUGGCAUUUCCACAGGUGGCCGUGUCAACCAUAAUGAAGGAAUUGUGCUUCAUUCUACCAAACUUAUUCAGGAAUGGGUCUCUGUGGAUCUGCGGACACCAAUAUCAGACAUCCUUCACCUGCCGGUUUGGGUAGACAAUGAUGGCAAUUGUGCUGCUUUGGCAGAAAGAAAGUUUGGCCAAGGCAAAGGAUUGGAAAAUUUUGUAACUGUGAUCACUGGCACAGGAAUUGGAGGGGGAAUCAUCCACAAUAAUGAGCUGAUUCAUGGCAGCACGUUCUGUGCAGCAGAGUUUGGACACAUUAUGGUGUCAAUGGAUGGGCCUGAAUGCACGUGUGGAAGUAAGGGCUGUAUGGAAGCUUACGCUUCAGGAAUAGCGUUGCAGAGAGAGGCAAAAAGAUUACACGACGAGGAUUUGCUCAUGUUGGAAGGAAUGUCUCUCAAAAAUGAAGAAACAGUCAGUGCAAUUCAUCUCAUUCAAGCUGCCAAACUAGGGAGCACUGAGGCACAAAAAGUCCUCCGAACAGCUGGGUGUGCUCUUGGAGUUGGUAUUACGAACAUUCUGCACACAGUGAAUCCAUCUCUUGUUAUCCUUUCUGGAGUCCUGGCUGCUCAUUAUGAGAGUAUUGUGAAGGAGGUGGUUGCUCAACGUGCCCUGACAUCCACCCAGGCAGUGGAGAUAGCUGUCUCUGGUCUCUCUGAUCCCGCACUCCUUGGAGCAGCUAGUAUGGUUUUAGAUUACACAACGCGCAGAACCUAUUAGACCAAUGGGAGUUUGUCCCCAGAAUUGUCCUUGUCUCUGUUUACAUUAUGAAAUUAGUUUAUGCUUUAUUCUCAACUAUUUUUAUUUAUUUAUUCAGUCUUCCAUGUGGAUUUAGUACUGCCCUGAAACUAAAUUCAGGGGAAAGGUCAAACGCAACUGUCCUCCGGCUGUGAUAGUUUAUCUUUCUGUUCCUUUGCCAACACUAUUUCUAAAUCUCUCUCUCCCACAGAAUGCCUGACAUUUAUAAAGUUCAUGAAGGAUCAGAGAGAGAAUAUUUCUGUAAAAUUCCAUAGUGAUUUAUAAACUACCUUUGGCUUAAGCUAAUUCUUACCAAUUUUGUGUGAGAAUUUUGAGCUCAUGACCAAGGUGUAAAGGUGAGCAGAACUAUUAGUUCAGAGGGCUAAUAGAAAUUAUAACAGAAUGCUGCUGUGCCCUAUAACAUCCUAGGCUGCAGAAUCUGAUUAGUAACCUCAUUCCCAUAAAGAUGAAGCAAUCCUGGAGCUGCAGCUUUGAUCUAGAUUCAUAUCAAGUUCCAAAACCUUUUUGGGUAUGCAGACACUAAACAUGUCAAAAAGGGAAUAGGGUUUGCAAUCGCAAUCACUCUUGCCACAUCAGCUGCCCUAGUACAGCAUCUAAUGCAGAUUCACCUUUUAAUUGCAGAACGCUGAACCAUUCAUACAAUCUACCCUUGCACACAAAGGGGAUGAAGUCGCCACCACCUGCAUGGUGAAAAUGAGCCCAGUUCUUAUUCUUGCCUCUGUUGCCAGUUCACAUCAUUCAUGGCCUGACCAAGCCCUCAAGAGGAGCAGAGCUAUAAAACCCUCCCAGUCCCCCAUUUAACUUUAUCAACGAUUGUCACUCUUAAGGCAGGGAAACCAACGAAAGCUUGUUUAAAAAAUUGUGCGUGGCACAAGUGAAUGGCUGGAAGUUGUGCUGCUUACACAUUUGGUAAAGAUUCCUGAUUGGAAAUGUAGUAGAAUAUGGUACGCUAGGGUUUGUUUAUACAGUGAGAUGAUGAGGGGUGGGGAGGAGGCUCACCUUGAGCAUAAACACCAGCAUAGAUUAGUUGGGCCUUGUGGACUGUGCUGUAGACACUAACUAGAUGUAACCAAUACAGUUUAGACAAAGGGAAUAAAAAUCAAGAUACAGUUUGCAGGUGACAUGAAAAAGAUGGCAUGUGGAACUUUCCAAACCCAAUAAAUCUCAAAUACUGAAUGGUGAUCCAUUCUCUGAUACAAUCCCUGAGAAGGACUCGAAUGGUGAGUGCAGGGAUUGUGAAUGAACUGUCCGAUAUAAAUUCUGUACUUGCCAUUUAUCAGUGGAUAUUCUGUCAAUGCCAUGUGUAGUGUAGAAUGUAUUUCAGCUAAAUUCUAGGUAACUUGUUACUGUAUCACUCAUAUGAGACAUAUGAACAAUAUUUCUGUGCAAAAUGAUUUUCAUUCCUAAUCUAGUGAAAUUUAUUAUUAUUUUGAAACAUCUUUUGCAGGAAUUCAAGUAACUAGACUGCAAUAUUUAAAUAACUUGUCAUGGAAUUAGUUUAACUAUUUCUGAGAAUCACUGGUCCUUGACUAUUUUAACAAUUCCAAUAAUGUUAACCAUGUAUUUCAUGGCUUCUAGCAGUAGGUUGGCAUUAACAGAGUCACAAUCAGUUUUUCAGAUUUUUUCUUCAAUUUGCCAGUCUUGAAAUCUAUAUUUUUGUAAUUUGUGUCAAUCACUGAGAUAAACACUUCAACUAAAUCAGUGACAGAUAGUGAAACAAGGUUGCAGCUAAUGUGUGACUCCUUCCUUUCACUGCCAUUUCUGCCUUAUUUUAAAAAGAUAUAAAUGUAGUAGAUUAAUGGUGAUAAUGAGUGCUGUAAUCAGUUAAUUAUCACAAGCCUUCUGUGCUGUUUUAGGAGUUGCUUAGGGAGGAAGGAGGGUGUAGUUGUUUUAGUUUUUUGAAUGUAAGGAUAGUGGGUGAACUGGUUAUAAGGCAGUAGAUUAAGGUUGUGGAUAUGUUAGUUUUGGGCAUUUAAGGAGAGGGAAGUAAAUGUAUUGAUUACAGGGUAAUAAAGAUAGGUGUUAGCGUAUAGGUUUUAAGGAAAUAAAGACAAAGAUUUAAUGUAGAAAAAGAUAAAAACCUUUUUCUUUAUUAUCAACAGAAUUACUGUUUCCAACUUAUCUGCAGUAAAGUUUAGUCAAAAUUUUCUUUUUUUUGUCUGUCUUGAACUUGUUUCUUUUUCAUUUCCAUCAAAUUCAGGAAAGAUGGUACUGAUUGUAAUUAAUUUAUUAUCUAAUAAUUGUAUAGAAAUAGCAAAAUCAUUUAUUCUGUUAGAAAAGGACAAGCCACGGAGAUCUUUACGUGUGAUCAUGAAGGAGUUGUGUUUCCCACAACCAUCACUAAUGAAACUCUGUUCAUUCCUUAAUUCAGUUUAAGGAAGAAAAUGUAACAUAUUUUUGGAAAUUUUAAUUUUGGUAUUAAAAACCCAUUGGUUAAAAUCCUUA